AUGUAAGUCAAUCCAAUAAACAAGAUAUUUAAAAACGCAGUUUAACAUAUGUAUAACACAUAUGAAAGCAAAUAUAUUGAUGCUAUAGAUGAAUAAAAAGCUCUUUAAUAGGUAUUAAAAAUAGAUUUUACAUAAAAUUUAGAAGCUGCGGUUGAUGUAUAAUAAACAUUUAAAAAUAUAGGAUUAAAUGAAAGAACAACUUAGUACUAAUUAUAAGGAGGCAGUGAAACAAAUUGAGAACAGGUUUUAAUAAUUAAAACGAUAUUAUGCAGAAUUUGUAUAUAAGUCUUUAGAUUAAUUUAAAUGUGAACAGAUUGAUGUAAGAAUUGCAUAAAAUAAAGAUUCUUAUAUAAAUAGUUUUACCAUAACAAAAUAUUUAAUUUUCUUGGCCAUUUAAAGUUAAUAAUAGAAUUAGUUCAAUAGCAGAAGUAAUUCAAUAACACUUUAAUCAAUAAAAUGAUCCUAUAUAGAAUUUCGAUCCUAAUAAAUUGUAAAUAGUUUUCUGUAAGCCUUAAGAUCUCUAUAAAAUAAAUCAACAAGUAGUAUAGAAUGACCUUGAUAGUAUUUCUUAAUAAUAUUAAAUUUAUGCAAUGAACAGUGAAAUAUUUUUAGCCUCUUUAGGCCAGGUUAAAUAAGGGUCUAUUAUAGUUGUUAUUGGUAAUAUAAUUUUAAAGAGUUAAUAACCUAAGGAAUGCAUAACAUACAAAUUCAACAAAGAUAGGUUAGUUGAUUAUUUUAGUUGUUAAUAAUGUAAUAUACAUUGGGUAUGUUCAAUUUGUAAGAUUUUUGCCAUAAAGGGCAUCAAUUAAAUGUGUAUAGACAAUAAGUAAAACCAGAUUGGGCUUGUUGUUAUUGUGUAUCAAAGGGGUUCUGUAAGUCAUUAAAUAAAAAUAAUUAAUGAUUAUAAAAUUAAUAAUAUUAUUGUUGCAGUUUGA